AUGAAGUUUCUUCCCCUUCCAGAUUUUGAGGACGUAACAAGUUCUCUCAAUUUUGAUACGACUGACUGUCACAUCGUCGGCGGUUGUGAUAUUUACACGACCAAGGCAGCACGCUCCGAUCGGAAACUCUACAAUCAUAUUGAGCAGUCGCUUGAGGCUCAAUAUGAAUCGGUUCUUCGAUUUUCGGCAUCCCUAUCGCCCCCAAAUGCACAUGAUGCUGCGGAGACCCUCAAUCUAUCGCGAUCUAGCCCGUUCGGACCCCUGAGCGAGCAUUCGAGCCGACGGACCUUUGCCUAUUUGAUCGCCACUCUGAAUGCAAGUCAUCCGGAUUAUGACUUCUCGCACGUUCUGCGUCCCACUGAUUUCCGACGCGAGCGGAAUCUGAAGCGCGUGAUGAACACAGUUGAUUCAACGCUGCUCAACCUGCGACCGCGCGAGAAUACCAACUUGUCUCCUGCAUCCCCUGCGACGCUUUCUGGAUCAUACACAGCAGGAUCAUCUUCUGCGUGGGGCCCGCGGGUAUGGAAAACGAUAGAUGAACACAUGUCGCUCAAGGAGUGUUCGAUUUACUCAUAUUCGCCAGAGGAGGACCCGUCCGAUGCCGACGAUGGGGCUAUCUGGAGUCUACAUUUCUUUUUCUUCAAUCCGAUUCGCAAGCGCGUCUGUUACAUCUUCUUGCGUGCGAUUCCCAUACUCAGCCACACCCCAGACGAGAUGGCAACUACGCCUACUGGGAAGCGGAACUACGACGACGGAUACCUCACGCCGGACCUCAGCUCCAGCAAGCGUGCUAAGUUCUGGUUCGGAGAACGCGCCAGAUCGACUCUUGUCGCUAGCGAUAGUGAUGAUGAGAUGGAUCGUCCUUCAAAGACAAUUCGGACUACCGCGGACGACUAUGACACUUAUGUGAUCAGUGACGACGACGAUUUGCCAAUCAGGCGCCGCGGAGUCCGGGCGAUGAGUGAGGAAAUUGCGGACUCGAUGGAAGUCUAA